CGAAUGGAAAAGUUCUUUAAAACACAGUUGUGUUGGCUGAAAGACCAAUGCCACUAUGACCCUCAUAAUAACACUGACAGGUAAACAUUGUGAAAGUUAAGUAAAUACCCAUUGUUCAGAUCAACUACUAGUACGUACAGUAUGUUUCAAAUCACCCCUGCAGUGGUACUCAUUUUCAUAAAUAUUCUAAAGCAAAAGUGUUGCAACAACCUUUAUUCCUAUAACUUUAAUUGUUUAACUAAACCCAUUAAAGGCAUUCUGUUUUAGACAGAGUUGGAGUAAAAUACUACGUUAGGGCACAGACAAGUGCCCAUGGUCUGUGCUCAUCAGAAGCAAUACUUUCUUUCUCUUUCAAUCUGCAAAAUGUGAAUGUACAAAAUAUAAAUCUGAUAUAGGAUUCCAUCCCAUCUUGUGUCAAUAAUACAUAGUGAUAUUAAUUAUAUUUCAUGGGUUGAAACAUUCACUUGGUGAUCCAUCACAAAUUUUGGUAUUUUGUUUUUAAUAUAGGAUGCUUUUGGCUUUUAUUAUGGUGCCACUUAUACAGAAAGAGUUAGAUAUUUUCAGGGAAAAAGUGUGGAACACACACAGAAUCCGAGCCCAAAAAGACACACUACUUCCUGAUGGUGUACCGGAACAUAUUUAUAACUUCCCUGAACAGUACAAUCUUGAAGAAUGCGGUAAGUUGUAUUGGUUUUAUUAUCCUGCAAAUGAUGGGAAUAAUUGUUAAUUGUGAAAUUCAUCACAAAAUUAUAAUCGACUGUUGGUUUUAUAGACCACAGCUGCUUUGCAGGGCCCUUUCGAGAUGGGGGCCCAGGGCAGAAUUGUCCCCCUCCUAUUUUAUUGGAACCUUUGAAAAUUAUUGUUCUGGCCAUUUUACAUGAAACAAAUUGUGGGGAGUGUCAGGCAGGCAAGUAGCAUCAACUGACGACUAUAUACAGUUACUAUAAUAAAUAUCUAAAAAGACAAUUUCCAUUCAUUUCUACUACAGGUUUUGCAGUUACUGAGGAACAACUUCAAGAGGCUGCAACAGAAUCUGGUGUUCUUCAAGUCCCAGAUGACUUUCUCACUGAAGAGUUCAGAGCAGAAUGCGAGCGUCUCAUUCCAGACAAUGACACGAUUAAGCCAGAUGAAUGGACAAAUGCAUAUUUGUACUUGAAGGAGAAAUGCACUCUUUCAAUGUAGUUUUUCUUUUAAGCUCAGAAUGUUAAUAUAACUGAAUGUUAAUAUAACUGUAAAAGUACAAAUACUGUACAGUAAUUAUGGUUCACAAUUAAUCCAUUGAAUCGCAUUGCGCCCUGAUGCACCCUACCUUAUUAGUGCCCUACUUGUAUAAUAGGGCACAUUUGGUCAUAUUGACCAUCAACCCAUUAAUGGCAGUGUGCCCUGAUUUACCAUACACAUCUGUACUUCAGCAUUUUGCUGUCUAAUGCCAGAUCAGUUUAAUUGUCAAAAGGAAAAUGUCAUGAGGGAAAAUUUGACGUACUCUGUAUUACAAGCUUUAAUACUAUAUUAUAAAAUUUUGUAUUAAAAUUUGUUCAUAAAAAUGCACAUUAUUUACCAAGAGUUCUCAGUCCUCAGACUCAUGUAACAUAACUCUACAAAGUUGUAUAACAUAACAUCAAAUAUAAUAAUUUUUGUAACUGUCUUUCAAAGUUUAGAGUUCUGAUUGUUAAAUUAUUGGGCAUUGGUCUUCUUUGGUCUCAACUUAAGACACAAGAGUCUGCAAAACUUAUUACAUUCAUGAAUGCCAAAAAAGGAUGUUAUUGCUGUUUCAGACAAAUUCCCAGUACAAAACAUGUAAUUGCCUUCAUCACC